GCAGCAGGCGGCGGAGGCGGCUCGCUCCGCGGCGGAGGCGGAGCAACAAGCUGCGGCUGGUUCUUUCGCAGAGGGGGAGGGUGCCCCCGCGGCUGACGGCACCUCGCCUGGGAAUAUGGCAGCGGGGGGAACGAUGGUCGCCGAAGCGAAGGCGGCAAAGAUGUCCAACGAGCCCCUCACAGGGUCCAUCGUGGGCGUCUCGGAUAACAGCUCCAACAACGGGUGCCAGGUGACGGAAAGUGAGCUACCGUUUACUGUGCAGCUGUUUGACAACCGCGCGGAGUACGUGUUCCGUUACCUGCAGGUGUUCACCGCAGUCUGCGCAUCCUUUGCGCACGGCGCGAGCGAUGUGAGCAAUGCGAUGGGGCCGUUCGCCGCCAUCUACGCCAUCUAUAGGACUCAGACGGUGGUGGCGGUGAGCGAUACGCCAAUAUGGAUCUUGUUCCUUGGCGGUGGUGGGCUUGUGCUUGGUCUUGCGACGUUCGGCGUGAGGAUCAUGAGGCUGCUUGGGGAGCGCAUCACGACGAUCACACCGAGCCGCGGUUUCUCUGCGGAGCUUUCGACCGCGCUUGUGGUGUCGUUUGCCUCCGGCUACGGCGUGCCGAUCUCUUCGACGCACUGCAUCACCGGC